CUAAAAUGACACAAAAUCUGUAAUCUUGAAGUAUCUCCUGCGAGGUAGUCGCGCGCUCCGGAGUCCGAGACUUGGCAAAGCCAACUCGAUCCACCAUGACCGGUGAGGCCCCGGCGGCUGCGCCCGUAGCCCGAACAAAAAAGCUCAGUCUCAUCCCUCUAAUCUUCCUCAUAUACUUUGAAGUAGCCGGCGGCCCAUACGGCGAGGAGCCAGCAGUCCAAGCUGCAGGACCCCUUUUGGCCAUUAUUGGCUUCCUUGUCUUCCCUUUCAUCUGGAGCGUCCCAGAAGCUCUUAUAACUGCAGAAUUAUCCACCGCCUUUCCCGGCAACGGUGGAUACGUCGUCUGGGCGGAGCGUGCUUUUGGCCCUUUUUGGGGCUCUCUUAUGGGCACGUGGAAAUUCCUCUGUGGCGUCAUCAACAUUGCUUCAUUCCCUGUUCUUUGCAUUCAAUAUGUCGAGAAGGCAAUUCCCGCUCUCAGAUCUGGUUGGCCUCGCUACGUGGCAAUAACGGGCUCUACCCUGGCUCUUUCGUUUCUCAAUUACACUGGUUUGGCAAUUGUUGGAUAUACUGCCGUUAUACUUGCCGUUAUUUCUCUCGCGCCUUUCAUAUUGAUGUCUCUUAUUGCAAUCCCCAAGAUUCGUCCCCGUAGAUGGCUCAGUUUAGGUCAAAAGGGAGUUAAGAAGGAUUGGACUUUAUUCUUCAACACUCUGUUCUGGAACUUGAAUUUCUGGGAUAAUGUUAGUACUUUAGCAGGAGAAGUGGACAAACCUCAGAAAGCGUUCCCCAUGGCUCUUUUGAUUGCAGUGAUCUUCACUUGCCUUUCUUAUCUGAUCCCACUCAUCGCUGUCACUGGAUCCAUUCCUUUAGAUCAGACUCAAUGGGUAACUGGGUUUCAUGCUCGAGCCGCGGAAAUGAUUGCCGGUAAAUGGCUGAAAUAUUGGAUUGAAGUUGGUGCAGCCUUGUCGGCGAUUGGGCUGUUCGAAGCGCAACUAAGCAGUUGUUCUUAUCAAUGUUUGGGUAUGGUAGAUAUCGGAGUCCUGCCCAACUUUUUCGGCGCUCGAUCUAAAUGGUUCCAUACACCCUGGGUGGGAAUUUUGAUUUCAACCUUGAUAGCACUCGGAGUUUCAUACAUGAGUUUCCAAGACAUCGUUUCCUCUGCGAAUUUAUUGUACAGUUUGGGCAUGUUAUUGGAGUUUGCUUCGUUUCUUUGGCUGCGAUGGAAGUCGCCUAUGAUUGAUCGGCCGUUUCGGGUUCCCAUGAAGCUACCAUUACUGGUGAUUAUGUGCUUGGUACCAUCUGCGUUUUUGAUGUUGAUAAUAGUUAUUGCUACCAGGACUGUUUAUUUGGUUAGUGGUGUCAUGACUGUUGCGGGGAUUGGUUUUUUCUUUCUCAUGAACUUGUGCAAGUCAAAGAACUGGAUUGAGUUCAACGUCAGCAAGGUUGAUGAAGAUCGUCCUGAUCGUGAAACUGGUGUUUAGUGAUGUGAUUAUGAUUUAUAGCAUGGUAUACAUGAUAAUUUCAUCUUGCAUAUGAAUUGUAGGCGUUUAAAUGUAUUUUAAUCUUUCAUUUAAUGACGUCAUGAAAUUUUUUUCUUGAGUGUACUUCAAAUAACUGUUAGUUUA